AUGAGUCAGAGUAUUGCUUUUCUAGGCGCAACAGGCGGAUGUGCAGGCUCCUGUCUCAUUGCCGCCCUCAAUGAAGGAUACACUUGCCGCGCUCUCGCCCGCACACCCUCAAAGCUCACCUCUUCUCUAAAAGCUAAAGGCGUCUCUGAGUCCUCCUUCGCCAAUCUUGAGGUCACGAAAGGAAACGCCAAAGACAUGUCCGCUGUCAAAUCACUUCUACAACCGCCUUCCGGAAGCAUCGUUGAUACUAUCGUCUUCGGCGUCGGCGCAGCUCCAAAAUUGAGACUGCACAUCAUGCCCGUCACGUUAGAUGAUCCAGAACUAUGCCGUACAGCAAUGGCGACCCUGAUGGCUGCUUUGUCCGAGAUCAAGGCGGCUACGAAACCGAGACUCCUUGUCAUCUCCACUACUGGCAUCACUCGUGGACCUAGAGAUGUGCCAUUGGCUUAUGUACCGCUAUAUCAUUGGAUGCUCGCCGUCCCCCACGUCGACAAAGAAAUUAUGGAGAGAUUGGUCUGGGAGCAGAAAGACAAGGCCGAGACUGAGAAGGUCAUUGGCGAGUUCGCUAUUGUGCGGCCGACAUUGUUGUCGGAUGGGCAAGGUGUGGGUGUGCAGAAGGUCAGGUAUGGACUUGAGGACAAUCCUGCGCUUGGUUGGAUGAUCGAUAGAAAGGAUGUUGGCGAUUGGAUCUUUGAGAAAUUGUUGAAGCCGUCAGAGUUGGGGGAGUUCAGGGAUCAAGCUAUCAGUUUGACUGCUUGA